GAACAAGAUGGCGCCAGCAAUGGAGCUGCUUUCCUGCGGCAUAAUCGAAAAGGAUUGCAACGGUGAUGUUCUGUGGACUUGGAACUACCCCGAUGUUACAGAAUCGCAAAAAGUUUUGGUGCUCAGAAAAUCUUCCCUACAAUCUGAGCACAAUGAUAUUUUACCCUUCGUCUAUGCCAGACACUCUCACAACUCCUGGUUUUAUAUUCAAUGCACCGAAGUUUCCGACUCCGAUAAUUUACCCAGGGUAAAACAGUUUGCGCUUGUUUUAUUCGCGACAGAUUUCAAUCCACCAAAAUACGAGGCACUGUGUCGUGUCUUGAGCAAAAUGUACUGUAGGACUGGAAGUCCAAUAGAGUUGCUGCAGCUCUAUUUAUCCGUAUUCACCAAAGGCUCUUGCGCAACUCAGGAUAACGGAACGUUUGUUUGCAAUGAAUACAGCGAUCGAAAAGUUGCCAGUAACAGCACCAACCUCAGAGGCUUGAUAAAGACUUUUGAGCUGAAGACGAUUCUUAUAUACACAGCGAUAUUGCUGAAGAAACGGAUAAUAGUCUACCACCACAGCCUUGAACAGCUUCUUAGAUGGAUACGGACCUUCCCUGCUUUUAUGAAACACAGAAAUGUUACCGAAUAUUUAUUUCCAUGGGUCGACCUGGUUAAAGAUGAGAUACUGGAGCUUAAGGGUCAUUCUUCGUAUAUCGCAGGGUGCACGGAUAGUCUAGUCGCUUCACGGGCUGAGCUUUACGAUCUACUCGUGAAUUUACCUGCAAGAGAAAUCACUAUUGCGUCACAUGCAAAAGAAAGUCUAACGAUGACGAAGACACACAAGGAAAUAGCCUUGUUCAUGGUCCAGCUCGGAGAUAAUCCGUCUUACUCGGAGGUGCAAAUAACAUCAGAGAUCUCAGAUAAAACACAAGAUCUUUUGAAUCAGUUAAAAUCGUUGGCAAGUUUAACAACGCCUGAAGGUAGAAAAAUGGUAUCCAUCGAAACGUUUAAAGAGAAAAACUUAGCCCCUGCAGUCGAGAACUUUCUCAUCAAUUUAGCAAUCGCCGAAAACCUAAUCAUGCUGUGAUCUCUUACACACACAAAAUAUGUUCUUAUUUUGUUCCGAGUCCUCUUACAAGUAGAGGUUUCCAUUGGAAUAAGGUGAGCAAAUGUUACAUCACUUGUUCAGUUGUUAAUUUAUGUAGUUAAUCGUGAAUGCGUGGCUCUUUGAUUUUCAUUUUCUUGAAAAUCUCAGGGAUAAGGUAAAAAAAAAACAGGAUCUUGCGUAAAUUAUUAUGAAUUACGAUUUAUUUAGGCAGGUGCUAGUGAUAAGUGCAUUUACAAUAUUUGACAGAUGAAUAGUGUAAAUCAUUGUGAUUUUUAAUGCUAAAUACCUUAAUCAAUAUAUAUUCAAAUAAAACUACUUCCUAAAUCAUAAAUAAUUAUGAAUGAUUAUGGGGUUCGCACAGAUUUCUCCGUUAUAGCAGUUGAAUGUUACUUUUAAAACUUGCAACCAAUACGUAUUCAUCGGCUAAAGAUAUUUAAAGAGUACCAGAUGUUUAACUUAAAUUUAUUCCACACUGAGGCAUGCUCAACGUUCAUGAGAACAACUUCAGGUACCUUAUAAUAAUGAUUGGAGGAAACAGGAGCAAAGCAGUUGUUUUCUUCAUUUUACAGACAAAUAAAUAUGUAAAGACAUUAAAAUUUCUAGUUCGUGUGCGCCCUUCGAUUUAUUUCAUGCAUGAUAUCUAUUUGGUAAUAUCCUCGUCGGGUUGAAUACUUAUUUACAAUUCUGUACAGAUCUUCACUACCAUUAACCAGUCAAACUAAUCACAUGAGCAACUACAAGUAAUUUCCAA